CGCCGGUGUAUCUCCGAUUACGGCCGGGACAGCUUAUAGUUGGGACUAUGAUAAACGCCAAUAUUUUUAUAAAACUUCAGCGUUUUACACCUGAGCUCAUUUAUAGUUGGAAUAACACUACAUCUGUGGAUAUUUUCCUUAUAUGGAAUGCCAUUUGCGAAGUGAGUAUCACCAAAAUUAAGCUGUCAAACGCUACAUUGUGCCUAUCUGUCUUCAGGGCGACAAAACCACCAGCUACUGGGAGUGAAAGCCUACAGCAGCGGCCUUAAAAUUCCAUCGAAAGCUGGAAAGUGAUGCAUCUGUUCAUAUUAUGGAAUUCAUUUUGACACACGGCUUGAGAGCUUUUAUGACAGUCACAGGAGGGGAAAUCACUUUACUGCGGUGUUUCUUUCGCAAAUGAUUUAAGUUAUUUGAAAUUAUUCAGGAAAUUAUUUCGUCUAAAUUGGUCGUAACUACAAAACGAGCGGUACGGACUCCCUAAAGUGUCAUGUAAGAUCGAUCUGCCUCGGUUUGUUCAGUAUUUCAUUUUGCUACAGAUUCCCAGUCUCUAAACAAGGGACAUCCCAAGCAGUUAAGAAUAAUAUUGGUACCACGAAUGCGUUAGUUAUUAAGCAAAUAUCGGACUAUUGGUGUUAACAACGCUACAGUUUCCAUUAUGGCAGUACGAUGCAGUAAAUUCAAAAGACAGUUUAUGUUACUGAUCGGAAUUUUUCUUGUAUUGACAGUAAUUCUUCAGAUUGUGCCCUCGUUUUAUGAAGCACAGAACAAUAUUGUCACGGCUAUGAAGUUCCCACAGUUUGAGAGCCGCUUAUUAAGCAAUAAGUCAUUUACCGUUGUUAAGCGUCUAAAAGAUCCUGUCUCGCUCUGGAAAGUACAUCCGUCAGACGACAGGAUUUUAUUGCAAGCUAAGUUUAAUCCUAAGAUUGACUUAAGUCUCUCGCCUAAGAGGAUUCUUCUGGAACAGGGACUGGCGGGCUGGAACGUCAAAGGCGGUAAACAAACGUUUAAUGACCAUGACUGCCCUGUACAACACUGUGAACUUCAUGGCCAUCCGAAUGGAGAAGUGUUUGACGCUAGAAUAUUUAAGGAAAUAGAGCUGUACAGCCGCUUGCUCCAAGGUGCGCAAGCAGAAGUGCCCCGUCAUUCAGAUCAGGUUUGGAUCAUGUUCGCGCUGGAAAGUCCGGAAGCGUCGCCUUCUUACGAGGGUCUGAAUGACGUCAUAAACUGGACAGCCACGUAUCGCUACGACUCUACGAUGGUGACUCCGUACGAUAAAUUUCAAGUUUAUGAUAAUUUUACUCAGAUAUCUAACUAUAAGUCGGAUAAAAAUUACGCUCAAGGCAAGACUAAACUAGCAGCAAUAUUUGUGUCAAACUGUUAUGCGUCAAACGCAAGAUUGGAAUAUGUGAAGGAGCUACAGCAGUACAUGGACUUGGACUUUUAUGGCUCCUGCGGGAAUUUAAGAUGCGAUAAAGGGUUUGGAAACAACUGCUUUGAAAAUCUACAGAAGGAAUAUAAGUUUUAUUUGUCUUUUGAAAACGCCAACUGUCGUGAUUAUAUUACCGAGAAGUUCUUUCUCAAUGCAUUAAGGCAUGACGUCGUCCCGGUCGUCAUGGGCGCGCAUCCAGACGAUUACAGACGCGUGGCCCCACCUGGAUCCUUCAUCCACGUGGAGGAAUACCCAAAUGCAGAGGCGCUUGCCGGGCAUCUUAAGCGUCUGAAUGAGCUAGACGAUGAAUAUAAUGACUAUUUCCGGUGGAAAAGUACCGGGCAGUUUGUUGAUACUAAAUUAUGGUGCAGAAUUUGUUCAUUGUUAUGGGAUACCGAUCUCCCCCACCAAUUAAUCCAUGACUUAGAACAAUGGUGGCGGGGUGAUAAUAUAUGUAUAGGCAAAGGUCGCUGGGAUGAAAUAUCAAACAGUAGUAAAUUACAUGUGCGAAAAUGAUUACUAGAUGGGUUGCAAAAUACGACGCGUACUUCAAGCUUCGCAUACAAUACAGUUGCUAUCAAAAACUCGCUUAAAACCAUUUGACUUAUAGGUUUAUUGACUUUGGCAUUACUCACGUUUUUAGUGUUUUCUCGAAUGUCAUUAUCAACUUAUUCAAUACCACAUACGUGGAUCAUAGAGAGCGCAAAAGAAGUGACACGUACAUGAAAUGUUCCGAAGCCCUUCUAUUGAUUACUUCUUAACAAUCUGAAAUGUUUAAAAUAAUUGUCCUUAUCUCGCGUUUUCAGCGAAAAUUCUUGGCGGAUGCAGAGUUGAUUUAUAAAGUAUAUGCAGCGGAAAACCAACUCCACUAAAAACGCCCUACCCAACCCACCACACCCCUUCUCCUCUAAACUUGUCCAAGUGAUAUUAUAAGUCAAUUUGGUAUUGCAUUUUGGAAACGAUCUAUACGAACUGUUGUUAGCGAAGUUUUUGCGACAUUGUUGUCGUUUUCAUAAGGCCCAAUACAUACGUUACACAUUCGGCAUUUCUGUUGUCGUUAUUUUUGUUUUUCAUAAACGAACAGAUGACACAAAUAUCUAUACUUGGUGAAAUAAAUACAGCAUUUCGUUUA